GUUUUCUAAUAUUCUUUCAGGAGUUCAAGAAUGGAAAUCCAAGAAGAAGGUUACGAUGAGAGCCGUUUUGAAGGUCAUGUCAGGGAAGAUCUAUUUUGCUCUAUUUGUCAAGGGGUACUCAGAAAUCCACGAACUUGCCAGAAUAAAGAACAUCCAUUUUGUCUUUCUUGUAUAUGUCAACAUCUUCGUAAUUCCCAAACAUGCCCUGAAUGCAGAGAACACCUGUCCCCCAAAACCCUUAAAGAUCCACCGAGAUUUUUGAAGAAUACCUUAUCAGGGCUGAAAAUCAAGUGUGACUACAAUGAGAGGGGCUGCCCGGUCUACGUCCAGCUUGAAAAUUUACAAAAUCAUGUUGAUCAAUGUGAAUUCGCGCCCGUCGUGUGUGGAAAUGAAGGAUGUGGAGUGUCGGUCAAUAGAAGCGAUAAAGUUACCCACGAAAGGGAUCUCUGUCAGUUUAGAAUCGCCAAAUGGCAUGACUACAGAGAUAUCAAAGGAAGCCAAGAUGAAAUGAAAGUUAAGGCUCUAAAGAUGGAAAGAAAACAAGAUCAUAUAAUGGUAUGGAAAGAUUUCUUUAAUUCAUUGUAGGUUGUCAUAAUGAUAACAGUAACUGUUUUCUACUGUACUUUUGGACGAGAAAUUUUACACGAUAUUUUUAUUUAUACUCACGAUAUUAAUCUUCGAUCAGGAAUCCCAAGCACAAAUGAAAGUCAAGAUCGAAAAAAUGGGAAAAAAACAAGAUGAAAUAAAGGUAAAAUAAAGAUUUAGUUAUUCUUUGGAGGUUUCUAUGGCGAUAAAAAAAAAGUUUUUUAGAUCUACUCAGGGAAUAAAAUUACAAAAUAUGUACUUAUACUCAUGAUCAUGUAUAAAGUGUCAUCUCCGAAAUAAUAUAUAUUCUAACAAUAAUACUGUAAUUCAGGAAUCGCAAGCUGAAAUGAAAGUUCAUACGGAAGAAAUAGAACGAAAACAAGAUGAAAUGAAGGUGACACAUCAAUUUUUGGCUGCCUAUAUAGCUAUGGAUCUGCGUUUAGAUAGGUAUAAUUGGUUUGUAGAUAUCUAUUUUGGAGUGAAAUACUAUAAGAUAUCUAUUUGUAGGCCAUGUCAGUUCAAAAAAAUGAUGACGAAAUCGAACAAACUCAAGCACAGAUGAAAAUAGAAUUGAAAGGAAUGAGAGAUAAAAUCACUGGAAUGGAACGAACGCAAGCUGCAAUGAAGGUAAAACAAGAUUAUUUUCAGUUCUUUGCAUGGAGAUGGAAUUGAAUUGUUUCGUGCAUUGUUGGCGAUGACAAAGGAUUAUUUGAAGCUUGAAAUUAUGAUCUAUUAACAAAACUGAAUUGUUUUCUAGUAUACUGUAUGGUACAUCAUAAAGGCUACAUUUGAGUUGAGAGUUUUUCAUAUGUUUAAAUCUUUCCAAAUUUUAUAUCGGAACUGUUUCAACAAAUCUACAUUAAAAUUAAUUAUAAACAAAAACUGAAUGAUGUCCUUUUGUUAAUUUACUGAUUUCAUAGGUAACAUUUAAGUACUGUUUAAUAAACGAGCAGGAAAGUUUUAUUAGGCUUAAAGCCACGAGCGCGCAACGCGAGGUGGCUUUAGACCUAAUAAAACACGUCCUACGAGUUUAUUAAACGGCUUCAAACACGACUACAAUAGAUAUACACUGCUUUCAGGCAUUAAAAUAGCGUGUCCUUGUACACACUUUGUGUCCUUGUUAAAGACGAAUUUGCCCUUGUAAAUUGAAAAGUGUGUUCUUGAAAAUAUAUUAAACAGAAAAUAUGUUAAUGUAAUCCACACAAAAUGGCCAAAUAUUUUCCAAAUUCUUUUCCGGCUCAGAACACUGGAAAUUCCAUUUCAGAGACCCCCUUAAAAGCUUGCGUCUUCGACGCUAAACUUGUGACUUCGCCACUCGUUCUCGUGUCUGCGCAUUAUGCCAACAAUACGCCUCAGUGUGUCGCAAAGACACAAGGACACAAAGUGUGUCCUUGUAAAAAUUCCGUAUUUUAAAGCCUGACUGGUUUUAUUAUUAGUAUUCUUCAUAUAAACAAUACUAAUGAGGGAACGACUACAAUAGAUACUGUAUUAUUAGUAUUCUCUAUGUAAAGAAUACUAUUUAGGAGUGUUUUAUCAGGUUUAAAGCCACUGCACGUGACAUAUUAUGGUUAACAUGAUUUGCCGAUAGGCUUAUGAAUUAUGAAUAUAUGAGUGUUUGAAAUAGUUUUAAAAACUUUUCCAUGCGUAUACGUACGUACAAAAAACGCUUAAGUGGAAUGUAGCCGUAGUAAAUAUUUGAUUAUUCGUUGGCAAAGAUUGCCGUCGAAAUCACAAAAGUAUUUUAUUCUAAAUUCAGCUGAUAAUGACGAUAUUCAUGAUGAUAAUGGUUCAUCAAGCAUUCCAAGGAAGCAAUGUAAACAAUAAUGGUGCUCAAGCCAACAACCAAGAUAUUAUUAUUAUUGGCGGUUCUAAUGCCCCAGGAGUUAAAAGUGUAUCGAAUACAGUUGAAAAAUACAAUAUGGUAGAAGGCAAGUCAACUCAGCUGCCACGAAUGCAUCUCACUCGAAAACAAUCAGCAUCAUGUGUUUACAACGGUGACGUCAUCGUUGCUGGAGGUUCGGAUAGUCAAGUUGGUACUGACACCAUCGAAAUUUUAAAGAUGAACCAGCCUCCUUUGCGAUGGACAAUGUUUGAUGGUAAACUGCCUGUUAAGUUAUCCGGUCAUGACGUCGCAGUUUACCAAGAUAAAUUAUAUAUCAUAGGAGGACAUAACUGGAAUGAAAACAAACCAUCCGAUGCAAUUUAUGAACUAUCUCUUGCACCGCCUUAUACUGUCAAGCUUCUCGCAAGAAUGCCUCAGCCAAGGAAAAACCACAGAGCGGAGAUAGUUAACGGGAAGCUAUUUAUCUUGGGUGGAACAACAGACCAGGGUAAAGAUGCCACUGAUAGUGUUGUUGUCUAUGAUUUCAUCAACAACGAGAUUAAGCCAUGUCCAUCGUUACCCGAGCCUACCUGGCUUAUGUCCACAGUUAUUUGGGGCAAUACAAUUAUUGUUGUCGGCGGGGUGGAUAAGAAUGACCAGGAUCUAGAUGACGUCAUCAUGUAUCACACUGAGACAGGCCAAAGUGACAGAUUACCUUCACUGAUACACAAGAGGUAUGGUUCCUCAGCAGUAAUUAUGCAUGACGUCAUCAUUGUAUUGGGCGGACACAGUGAUAACGAGGGGUAUCUCAACUCAGUAGAGAGUUUCACAAUGAGAGACGAUCAGUGGAAAGAAUUGCCAGGAAUGAAAGAGAAAAGACAUCGCGCUACUGCAACUGUAUUGAAACCUCGCAACUAGUUUUUAAAGAUAUGUUUCACAUCAUACAUUUUACAUCAACAUUUUCGAGGUUUUAUAAUCAUAUAUGAAUAAAAAACUUAAUAUUGUAAUCUUUGCUUUUUAUAACUUAAUAUAUAAAUUAUAGUGGAAUGUAAAAACAGUGUUUAUAUAGUAACAUACAGUAGACUGUAGCAAAUAUGGUAUGUGUAGAUGUUUAGUCAAGCUCGUUAGAUAACGGCCAAUUCGUUUGACAUGUUUCAGCUAAACUCUCAACAAAGCAGACGUCAUGAAACAAAACUUGAUCUAAAAGAUCGCAACUAGAAAAGAACUAGAAAAGCUGUUUAUUAACUCAUAAUUUUCUACAGUACAGUGUGUAUCAAAAAUUGUAGAUUCAUCUCUAAGAUUAAAUUUUCGAUCCUCAAUAAUAGUUAGUUGUGUAAAAAUCUGCAGCAUUGGUAUCGAUAUUAAGACUAAUCUAUGAAAAUUCAUAAAUGAACGUCAAAAAUAAGAACUAUGUUUGUUAUUUGACAAUUGAACUUGACAA